AUGGCAAAUCGACCAGAGGCAGAAGUUAUAAUUAAUUUCCAAGAUGGCUACUCCUAUUCCAGAGGUCGAAUGGAUGCAGCAUUAGCAAGUGGGGUUCUAGAUAAGGCUACUGAAAAAAAGGCAAUCGAGUAUGCCGGAUUGAACAAAGCUGAUAUCAAGCUUUUGCAAACCGAGAUGGAGGUCACGGAAGCUCAGGCAAAGAAGGCCCUGUCCGAAAAUAAUGGUGAUAUUGUAAAAACGCUCCUCUCACUUGUGUCGGCUUAA